AUGCUAACAGACAGAGUCCCUGUCGGCCUGAUGUCCUCAGUUGUAGCCCCAGAAAAACCCACCUCCAACACCAUGGGCCCCAAAGAGGUGGAGUUGAUCUUGGUGAAGGAGCAGAAUGGUGUUCAGUUCACCUCGACCAACUUGGUGGCUCCCGCUUCUUCUGAGCUCAACCCCAACGAGGAGGAGGAGAGGGAGACCUGGGGCAAGAAAAUCGACUUUCUCCUGUCUGUGAUAGGAUUUGCAGUGGAUCUUGCCAAUGUGUGGAGAUUCCCAUACCUCUGCUACAAGAAUGGAGGAGGUGCGUUCCUGGUGCCAUACCUGUUCUUCAUGGUGAUAGCAGGAAUGCCUCUCUUCUACAUGGAGCUGGCUCUGGGACAGUAUAACAGAGAGGGGGCAGCAGGGGUCUGGAAGAUCUGCCCCCUAUUUAAAGGUGUAGGCUUUACGGUGAUCCUCAUUUCCCUCUACGUUGGUUUCUACUACAAUGUCAUCAUCUCCUGGGCGAUGUUCUACCUGUUCUCGUCUUUCACUGGCGAGCUACCUUGGGUCCACUGCAACAACACCUGGAACAGUGCAAACUGCUCUGAAUGGGCCACCAACAGCUCAGCCAAUGAGACACAAAAGUCCACCCCUGCUCAGGAGUACUUUGAGCGAGGGGUGCUUAACAUCCAGGACAGUAGAGGUAUUGAUGAUCUGGGACCUCCACGCUGGCAGCUGACUUCUUGUCUGGCUGUUGUGAUUGUUCUGCUCUACUUCAGUCUCUGGAAGGGGGUGAAGACCUCUGGAAAGGUUGUGUGGAUCACAGCCACCAUGCCCUAUGUGGUCCUGACUGUCCUGCUGCUCCGAGGAGUCACUCUGCCUGGAGCUAUCGAUGGCAUUAAAGCGUACCUCUCUGUGGACUUCCUGAGACUCUGUGACGCCAAGGUCUGGAUUGAGGCAGCGACACAGAUCUGUUUCUCUCUGGGAGUGGGGUUUGGUGUGCUAAUCGCCUUUUCCAGCUACAACAAAUUUAGCAACAACUGCUACAGAGAUGCCAUCAUUACCAGCUCCAUCAACUCUUUGACCAGUUUCUUCUCCGGCUUUGUGGUCUUCUCCUUCCUGGGGUACAUGUCACACAAGCACAGUGUGGCCCUGGACAAAGUUGCCAUUGAUGGUGCUGGCUUGGUGUUUAUUAUUUACCCAGAAGCCAUUGCAACACUCCCAGGCUCAUCAAUAUGGGCAGUUAUAUUCUUCAUUAUGCUGUUGACGCUGGGCAUUGACAGUGCUAUGGGUGGGAUGGAGUCUGUGAUCACGGGUCUGUGUGAUGAGUUUAAAAGCCUCCACAAGCACAGAGAGCUGUUCACCCUCUUCAUUGUUGUCUUCACCUUUCUCAUAUCACUCUUCUGUGUUACAAAUGGUGGGAUGUAUGUGUUCACCUUGCUGGAGUAUUUUGCUGCAGGAACAUCAAUUCUCUUUGGAGUGCUUAUUGAAGCCAUCGGCAUCGCAUGGUUUUACGGGGUGGACCGCUUCAGUGAUGACAUUGAGGAGAUGAUUGGCCAGAGACCUGGAAGGUACUGGAGGCUGUGCUGGAAGUUUGUCAGCCCCUGCUUCCUUCUGUUUAUGGUGGUAGUGAGCUUUGUCACCUAUAACCCUCUUAAAUACAGCACAUACGUGUUCCCCCCAUGGGCUAACGUGAUGGGAUGGUGUCUGGCCAUGUCCUCAAUGGCCAUGGUGCCUCUCUAUGCCAUCUACAAGCUGUGCACACUGCCUGGAAAGUUCUGUGAUAGACUGGCAUAUGCUAUCACCCCAGAAACAGAGCAUCAUUUGGUCGAUAAUGGGGAAGUUCGGCAGUUCACACUGCAUCAUUGGUUGGUGGUCUGA